UGGUUUAAGCUGUUUUUUUCAGCAUGUUAUAUUACACUGCAUGAAGUAUGAAGAUGAAAGGUGUAACGACCUGCGUACGGAGCAAUAUGGAUAGCCCUCAAAAUGAACAAAGUUUGCGAAGAUGAUUUUCCCUCAGUGGUAGAUUAUUGUCCAGAAAAAUGAGUAUACGGUCGUUUACAAACUAAAUGCCGCACACAGGGUUACUGAAGAAAAUAAAAAUAAACGGAGCAACAGAGUACAUUACCCUCACAUACAUGCGGGGGCUCGCGUCUAAUGCAACCAUAGCAACAACAUGCUCUUAAAGGGGCCAUACACCUUACUCGUUACAAAGGAGAGAACUUAAUAAGAAUUUAGACGAGAUAAAAGUUCAAUUUAAAUUAGAUGACAUUCUACAAAAUAACUCAAAAAUAAAUGUUUGACCUUUUUAUUGCAAUAUCUUAAAAAUUCUCAUUUAUGGGAGAGGAUUUAAUAAAAGAAAGCGGUUGGUGAGGGAUAAUAAUCCACACUCCAUACCAGUUGGUGGCGGAAAUACACUAUAUUUUUUUGUUUGUCAACCGCCAUUAAAUUAAAGAAGAAGAUUAACAGUAUUUCAACCAAGCGGCAACCUCCCGCUCUCCCUCGGGAGGCCAAUACGGAAGUAACAGAAACUGCAAUUCAUCAAAAUUCCGCUAGUCCUGGCUCCAUAAUAGAGCAAGUUGUAAUUGAGCCCACUGUUAGAAUGGUCAACUUUACAGCAGAAAAAAAGGUGUUUACAGCCUGGUACAAAGAACGAUUUUGGUUCAUAUAGCUAUUAUUACCCUCCAUGACAACUGUGAGGGGGGUGAAUUUUUUUAUAACUCAUCCAUUUCCUUUAUAUUAGGUUAUUUUAAGUUUGCAUAAUUAAGGGCGUGGCCACUUGAGUGACAGCUAGGUCUCGCUGGUCGCCGUCACUUCACCUCAGCUGAAUCCGGCAGAUUAGCCACUGAUCUCGGCAUAUUCAUCAUAUUUUUGUGUUGUUUUAUGUGGCUUUACACAGUCAGCUGCCUUUUGGACUUAUUUCUUACAAUUAUCAGAUGAUAUGGGAUGCUGUGUGCAUUUAAUUGUGCUCACAAACCAUUCAUGUGGCCUCCAGUUUCCCAUGUGAGUAAAGUUAUAUACUUGUAUACCAUCUCUAUAAAUGUAUUUGUUUUAUUUAAGAUCAUUUAUCAUUAAUAUUUUUCUUUAGACCCGUAAAGCACUCCAGAAUGUGACAGAUUGAUUAGCUGUAGGCUCUAGAACAGUCAUCUGAAGCGUUGUCAUACUGUGUUGUGCUGGAUUUUAUCAAUAGUCUUGCAUUUACUAACACACACACAUAUCUGAAGUGUUUGGAAGUAAUUAGCGUUUUCCUCCUGUAGAAAAACGUCAUAAGAGCAGUGUUUAGUGGCUCAAUGUAUUACUACAGUGUUUUUGAAAGUCUAAACACUUUAUUGACAUAGUGUACAGCCAAGCACAUGUGGUCAGAACACAAACGAGUCGCAGGUAAUAAAGUAUCAAGCGUUUCUCCCAAAGUAAAGUCUGUCUGCCAGGUCUAAGCAUAGGGUCUAAGCAAAGUGCCAGCAGGUGUCUGUAGCUCCGCCCACUCUCCGCCUCUUUGCCCUUGUUUGGUAUCCCGCCGUGGGUGCGAUGACGCGCGAACAAAAUGGCGACGGUUGGCCGCGCCUACUUGUGGCUUCUUUUGCGCUCUUCAGAAACCUAUGGGUGACGUCACGGAUACUCCGUCCAUAUAUUUUACAGUCUAUGAUUUCAACCCACACUUAACUGAGAGUCGCUGCUGUGAGUGUGUAGAUGGCUUUUUGUGUAUGUUAGCAAAUGUUUUUGGUUUUCAACAGUUUGACGAUUUUUGGCUGUGCCCGCCUCGCUGUUAUGACGUCAGCACCGACGCGUUCAUCCAGCGUCGAGUCUUCAGAGCUGAGCUCUGCCGCCAUCUGUAAAAGACAAAGACAGAGUUUAUUGAAGGACAGUUAGAAGAUGAGUGAUCCAGAACCCUGCAGAAUUAAACAGGAAGAGACUGAAGAACUAAUAGACCUGGCGCACAAGACGGAGGAGAAUGAGGAAUCGAGUGAUCCUCGUGUCAAAAAAAGACAACUAAAAACUCAUUCAUGGACAAAAGGUAGUUUAUCUCAGAAGAGUAGAGAUGAGAUUUGCUCUGUGUGUGGAAAGAGUUUCAGUAAUAAGCGUAAUCUUCAAAUUCACAUGAGGAUCCACACUGGGGAGAAGCCGUACACGUGUACCGAGUGUGGGAAGAGUUUCAAUCAAUCGUCAACUCUUAUCACACACACGAGGAUCCACACAGGAGAGAAACCAUACAAAUGUGAUCAGUGCGACAAAACCUUUGUGAGGAUUUCAGAUCAGAAGAAACAUUUCAGAGUUCACAGUAAGGAUAGGCCGUACUCAUGUUCUGACUGCGGAAAGAGUUUUGCACAUCAGUCAAAUUUAAGAAAACAUCAGAAGAUCCACACCGGUGUGAGGGAGCAUGUGUGCUUUGAGUGCGGGAAGAGUUUUGUUACAGCUGAACAUCUGAAACAGCACCAGAGGAUUCACACUGGAGAAAGACCGUACCAGUGUUCACACUGCGACAAAGCUUUCAAUCAGUUAAUACACCUGAAAAUACAUGAGAGGAUCCACACUGGAGAGAAACCGUACAAGUGUUCACACUGCGACAAGAGAUUCAGUCAGUCACCGACUCUCAAAGCACACAACAGGACUCACACUGGGGAGAAGCCGUACGCUUGUGUUGAUUGCGGGGAGAGUUUCAAUCAUUCGAUUUCUCUACGCAUUCAUAUAAGAAAAACUCACAUUAAAUGUGAACUUGGCGACAUUUAAAAACACUUAACCACGAUCUCAGACUGUGUUGCAGGAGAUCAGGGAUCAGUAAGUCUAGUAAUUUAAGUGGGAAAUAAGCAGGAGUGCACAUCAGUUUUUUGAUUCAUCUUUCAAAGGAGAACCUGGAGAUGUUAUGCACCUUACUUGUUUUAUUUCAUCCAGAAUUAAAGCAGGUUAUUUUUAAAACCAUUUUUAAGGUCAAUAUUAUUAAAUUAAAGCUGUUUUUUGUCUUUACUGAACAAACCACUGUUAUACAAUGACUUACCUAAUUACCCUAACUUUAAUUAACCUAGUUAAGCCUUUAAACGGCACUUUAAGCUGAAUACUAGUAUCCUGAAAAAUAUCUAGUCAGAUAUUAUGUGCUGGAGAUGUUCUUAGAAAUGUUCUUCUCUUCGUUAAACAGAAAUUGGGGAACAAAUAUACAGGGGGCUUAUAAUUCUGACUGUGUGUGUGUGUG